UUCCCCUGCUGCGAAAGUGAAAAUUUGUGUAUCUCGUCUGUAAUUUUUAUUCCGUGGUUUCUGGAGUCAUUUCACCGAUUAGAUUUUACGGAGGUAAUCGUUUUUAAGGAAAAUAUAAUUCAAAAAGUUUGUCGGAAAUGGGUAAUACUGAUACGAAGCUGAAUUUUCGCAAGGCCAUCGUGCAGCUCACGAGCAAGAGUCAGCCAAUCGAUUCCAAUGAUGACGCAUUUUGGGAACAGUUCUGGUGCGAGCAUAGCACUACAGUUCAAGAUGUGUUUGCGCUGAUUCCAUCGAAUGAGAUACGGAAAGUUCGGGAUGUUAUGCCAGCGAAUUUGGCAACUUUAUGCUACAAAGCAACAGAACGAUUGGUCCGAGCGGUGGACAACAGUUGUCGUACCCAGGGGGAACAGCAAACGGUGCUGAACUGUAUCCGUUUGCUUAAUCGAAUAUUGCCAUAUAUAUUUGAGGAUGUGCAGUGGAAAGAUUUCUUCUGGUCUUCACUUCCGGCAAAUGAUAAAGAAAACGGAGACACUCCAUUGGCGCAAAGUCUGUUGAAUGCCAUAUGCGAUUUAUUGUUCUGUCCCGAUUUUACGGUUGUGGGCUUGAGGAAAUCGGGCCCGGAAAAGGCCGAAGAACUCAAUUCUAUUGAUAGUUGUGAAUACAUAUGGGAAGCAGGCGUUGGAUUCGCUCAGUCGCCCCCCAGGAAUGGAAACAUGGAUGCUCGUCGUACCGAACUUCUCAAAUUGAUGCUAACUUGUUUUAGUGAAACAAUGUAUCGAGCGCCGAAUAUGAGUGACGAGCCCAACAAAUGGAUUGUACAUUUUACAAGUGCUGACAAUCGACAUGCACUUCCUUUGUUCACUUCACUCCUCAAUACGGUUUGCGCUUACGAUCCAGUUGGCAUGGGAGUGCCCUACAAUCAUCUGCUGUUUACCGACACGUUGGAACCACUGGUGGAAGUUUGCUUGCAGAUUCUCAUUGUGACACUUGAUCACGACAUCACGAGCAACACGCCUACCCAAACCACGUCCUAUUCACAUGACGAUACAACAAUUGCAGACAAUCUGUUCAUAAAUUACCUGUCCAGGAUUCACCGCGAUGAUGAUUUUCAGUUUAUACUCAAAGGUGUCACUCGUCUCUUGAACAAUCCUUUGGUACAGAGUUAUUUGCCCAAUUCCACCAAGCGGCUGCAUUGCCACCAGGAGCUGCUAGUAUUUUUCUGGAAGAUUUGCGAUUAUAACAAGAAAUUUUUGUAUUUUGUACUUAAAAGUAGUGAUGUUCUGGAUAUCCUUGUUCCAAUACUGUACCACCUAAACGAUUCUCGAGCCGAUCAAUCUCGUGUGGGUCUAAUGCAUAUUGGGGUAUUUAUUCUUCUACUUCUAUCCGGUGAACGUAACUUUGGAGUCCGUCUCAACAAACCUUACACAGCUACCGUCCCUAUGGAUAUUCCCGUAUUCACCGGAACACACGCAGAUCUGCUGAUAACCGUUUUUCACAAAAUAAUUGCCACUGGACAUCAGAGGCUUCAGCCCUUGUUUGAUUGUCUGCUGACCAUCUUGGUCAAUGUAUCACCAUACUUGAAAACCCUCUCGAUGGUAGCUAGCAUCAAAUUGUUGCACCUAUUAGAAGCUUUCAGUACACCGUGGUUUCUCUACUCGGCACCAUCAAAUCAUCAUUUAGUAUUUUUCUUAUUGGAAAUUUUCAACAACAUUAUUCAAUAUCAAUUCGAUGGAAAUUCCAACUUAGUGUACACAAUCAUUCGUAAACGACAGGUAUUCCAUGCCCUAGCAAACCUUCCCACCGAUGCUGCUGGAAUAGCCAGGUGCAUGAGUAACCGCAAAGGUGGCAAGCUUAAUAACUCUAGUCAUGGAAAUCGUUCGGCUGAAAUGGGCGAUCAACACAAUAGGGCACUUCCUCCUGUUACUAGUGCUGGCGACGAAAGUGAGGAAGACAUUACUGUGAGGACCAACCAAUUGGCCCUAGACGAAAGACAGCAUUCCGACGAGGACGACAGCCGCAGUGAUGUGGUCGAGGAAUCGAUGGAAGGUUCGCAUCCAGCCCAACCCGCUGAACCGGGUACUCUUAAAGUUACUCUGCUGGAUACUCCCAACAUAGCGCAGAUGACAGAACGCGAAUCGGCACACCCUACAGGCGAUAGCGCUAGCCCGUCGCCAGUUGACGGCAAUGCAAAGUCAGUCGCUGGAGGCUCUGAGUCGCCAAAAUCAUCCCCGGUCAAGGAACCACAGCAGUCGCCGAUCAAACGUUCAGUGGCUCAGCGAGGAAGUAUCCGUGUGACCCCAUCCGGAGCUCACGGUUCCCACGUAAAGGUUUGGCAACCGUCUCCGGAAUGGGUUCAAUCCUGGCGCUCCAAGCUGCCACUGCAGACCAUAAUGCGAUUGCUUCAGGUUCUGGUGCCACAGGUGGAAAAGAUCUGCAUCGAUAAAGGGCUUACCGAUGAGUCGGAGAUUCUCAAGUUCCUGCAGCAUGGAACAUUGGUUGGAUUGUUGCCGGUACCGCAUCCGAUUUUGAUAAGGAAGUAUCAAGCAAACAGUGGCACGACCGCGUGGUUUCGCACCUACAUGUGGGGUGUGAUCUAUCUAAGAAACGUAGAUCCAGCUAUAUGGUACGAUACAGAGGUUAAGCUUUUUGAGAUACAACGUGUUUAAAUGUAAAGAUGUCUAUUAAACUUGUUUGUUAAGCAGAAUAUUCUUAUUUUGAUAAGAUACAAGUGCACUGUACAUUUGUUUUUGGUAAUUAUUUAUCGCAAUCAACAUUUAUUUGAAUAUUUUAAUCCAAUUGAAAUUUCAUCAAAAAUAUUACAGCAAGAUAAACUUAACGUUUGUCUUAAAUCAAGACACUAAAGUUAAGUUGUUUGUCGAUUUUUUGUUAUUUUGUUUUAAUAUCCCAUAGAUUUUUAUUCUAGAAAAAAUAGACCUAAUUUAAAUUAACGUUAACUUGCGUAAUGUAUAAAAUUUGCACUAUAUAUAAUCAAUAACCCAACGCUAAUAUGCUAUUACAUGAACUUAACGGAUUCCGAGAAAAUGUAUUUUUCUUUUACUUAGCAAAAAUGUGAUUUACCUUACACGUAAAGAACAUAAGCUGAACUGAAAGCCUGCGUAAACAUUCAUUGAUUGGUACCUACCUUUUAUUUGGAAUUGAUUCAACCGAAUCAAAAAGCUUAGUGGAAGCAUUCCUAUCGCCAUGGUUCUUCUAUAGAAUGGUAUCGGCAGAGUUCAUGAUCGAAUGAUCAUGGGCUUCAAAAUAUUAUCUAACCAAGUUCAUUUAAACACACUUAGAAAAAUGUGAUUCGUUCUUACAGUACCUAUUUUAUUCCUGUUUCAAGAUCAUAAUAUCGUGUUUCGAAACAAAUAUCUCAAAACUAAACAAAUAAUACAUUGCCUGCUUCAACAGUACAUAUACUGUUGUAAUAAUGUUAAGAUAACUCAUAAUACCAUUUUAUGUUAAUAACAAUUAACAGCUGUGCAAAAUAA